AUUAUAUACAAUUAUACAUACCUUAAAAAGUGCAUAAUGCAGAAUGCAGAUGCGCAGUGUUUUCUGUGACUCAAAAAUAAAAGCGACAUGCGUAUGAAAAUUACCAGGGAUAGCAAUUAAAUAAAAAAAACAUUUUUGUUACCAAAUUAUAAAGAUCUUCAAUAAAUAUGUCUCAACAAAGUGAAAAUCUAGAUUUUUCUGGGAUUUUUAAAUUAGACGUAUUGGCACAGUUUGAUAUCGCAAAACACAGUUUCUACGAAGUUGGCUUAAAGAAAUUUUUAGCACUAUCAAGCGAAAAAGAGUUAUUAUUUUUAUAUAUCAAUUCACAGUUCGAGAGAUUUGAUCAUGUGUACGAUUGGGACUUUGUUGAUAAUCCCGUUUAUUGUAUGUGUUUUGAGCCAAGUGGUACAUGGGUAUUGAUUGUCAGUGAGGAAAAAAUUCUACUUGCUCCUUUUUUACCUCGGUUUAUACCCCAAAAUACAUUUGAUUGCAAAUGGUCAUUGUCAAGUGUGACUGUCUUACCACUUCUUGAAAUUCCGGAACCUAUAUCUGUAGUGUGGUGGCUUACAAAAGAAUCCGAGAAUAUAAUAAUAAUAGCUUCAAAGGCAAGAUCAGUCAUUUUCUACUGUUUGGAAUCACAACAUGUUGUUGCAGAAACUAAGGUUCCAGGAGAAAUAGUUGACUUGCAAAUUUGUUUUGAUGACUCACUUGAUCUCCUUGCAUUAUUAAUUUCAGGAGGUCCUACUCAACAAUGGAAGUUAGUUUUGGAGCACAGAUCUUUUGGAUAUAAUUGGCUUCAACAAAUGCAAAUCCAAAAUGAUAAGGAGAAGAAAGAUGGUUUUAUGUCUUACAUUAAACAAUUAUCUAAAGACAAAAUUACAUUUUUUACACAAAGUGGAUCUAAAGAUGAAAACAAAACACAAACUGUGGAGUAUGUAUUGACUCCAAUAGAGUACUUGCCAAAAAACCGAAAGAAUUCGAACAGUUGGGCUUUGAGUGCACAAUAUGUAAAUGGAAGACAUUUUUUAACAGCAUUAGAAAUAAAUGAAGGAAUUAUUACACUUGGAAGCCCAGCUGAUGAUACACCAUCAAAAACUCUUAAACCCCAUAUUAAAAAUGAUGGCUUAUAUGUUCAAGGCCUAUGCUCUCCGAGAUUGAUAUAUCUGUUAAGAAAAAAUCAAUUGGAAAUACACAGUGCUCAGUUCUCACAGAGACAGGGUGAAGCACUACUCGGUCUAAAAUGGGAUUUCUCAGAGCUUUGGACUGCUGAAUUGAUUGGUAAUGUUCAGCGAGCUUAUUUGAUGUCUGCGAAGGAGCCCCCUGCGGUCUCUGCUGGGUGGAAGGAACCCACCUUCUUGUGCGACUUGCAGCUGCCACGGUUUGCAUUAGAGCCGUGUCUCAUCGUGACUUCCUGUGGUGCCUAUGUAUUAAACACUGUGUGCGAGCCGUGCGAGUGGCUGGUGGGGCUGAUAAUGCGCGGCGGCGCGGGCGCGGAGCUGUCGGCGGCGGCGCUGGACGCGCCCGUGCCCGUGCUGCUGCGCGCGGCCGCCGACAUGCUGCUGUCGCGGGGCCGCGUGGCCGCCGCGCACUACCUCUACUCGCUCUCCAAGAGUCAACCGGAUGGUUGGGUAGCUCGUUUGGGUGUAUUUGGAAGACUUCACGAACUGUCGAUGUACAAGCAAGGAGGUAACGUUGGUAGCCUUGGAAAUGCCGCAAUAACUUCUAAACUUCUUGCAUUGCUUCUGAAAAUUGGGACUAAUAGCGAGGAAAACUUUGACAUGGAUGUUAAGUUCACAAAUCUCAGUACAAUGGAACUCCAAGAGUUAACUUGCGUGGCUGCUGCUAUAGGAUUGUGGGAAUUGGUUCCCGUGUUCAGUAUCCACAGAGGUUAUCCACAUUUGCUCCUUAAUGCUAUAAAAUCUAGGAGUGAUAUUUGCCGAGGUGCUAUCGUGUGCCUGUUACAACACAAGUGUCUUGUGCCGAUACUUUUAGAGGAAAACGGACAGUGGCUUUUCGACUUAAUCGCUGAGAAAUGCAAUCAACUCGAUACAAUUAUCCUAAAACGAUUAUGUUUAUGGUUGAACCCAUUACAAGAUCAACUUCGUCCCGUCAUGCGUGAUUUAAAACAGGGGAUUACAUCAAUUUACGCUACAAGAAUGUUACAACUAAUAGCGACAUUUAUGCAUGUUGCGUGUGCGAUAGAAUCGCGGCAACCUUGUCUUGAAAUCCACACGGACAUCACGCAAAAGCCCGAGACUUGGAAGAAUCAGUUUGCUCCACGGAGAUCGGUGUCCUGUGGUCUGGGACACUGGGCGGUCACCGACGAGGGGAAUGCUACGAUAAUGGUUGCGAAUACAUCCGUCAACACAGAGUUAACCGGUAUGGUCAUUGACAUAGCUUGCGGACGACACCAUACGCUUCUGUUAACGGAGAAUGGGGUGUACGCGGCGGGGGACAACUCGUUCGGGCAGCUGGGCGUGGGCGCGCAGUGGGCGGGCGCGGCCGGCGACGGCGCCAGUGCGGGCGGCGCCGCGCUGCACGUGCCCUACCCCUGGACCGCGCCGCUCGUGGCGCUCGCCGCCGGCCACUACCACUCCGCCGCGGUCGACGUCGGCGGCCGCCUCUACACGUGGGGAUGGGGCGUCCACGGUCAGCUUUGCCUAGGCAGCAUAGACGAUCAGUACACGCCUCAACUAGUGACCAAGUUUCAAGGCAGAAAGGUGCUGAGCGUGGGCUGCGGCGCGUGUCACACGGUGGUGCUGAUGAAGAACGGCGAGGUGUGGGCGUGCGGCGCCGGCGUGUUCGGGCAGCUGGGCGGCGGCGCGCGCGACAAGAGCGCCGUGCCGCUGCGCGUGCCGCUCGCCGACGCCGCCACCGCCAUCGCCGUCGGGUACUUCCACAACCUGGCCCUGACUUCGAAAGGGCAACUGUGGUGCUGGGGAGCGAGCCCGCAGCAGGUGCGCGCGACGCACGCGCGGCGCUCCGGCCGCCCGCCCGCGCCCGCGCUCGACCCGCUCGCACUGGCGCCCGACCCGCACCUGUCGCCGCAGCUCGUGGACACGAAAAAUGUGCAGGGGAAAAUUGUGCAGUUGUCGGCUGGUUGGCAUCAUUCGUGUAUUGUCAACAACUUUGGAACGGUUUACUCGUGGGGACUGAAUUUCGAUGGACAACUAGGAAGUGGAGAUCGUAAACAAGUACAAAUACCAACGGAGGUUAAAAUCCGUACAGAGACCCACACCGAAACGAAGUCAAACAAUUCACCUGCCAAAGAGAUUGUAAAUAUGAAGGCCCUCGUAGCCUGUGGGGGGGACUUCACCAUAUUUAUUGAUGAUGACGGACGAAUUUAUGCGACUGGAAACAUGCACUUACAAGCUGUCAAUGAAAAGGAGAAACCGAACAACCGAGUUAUUAUGAUGAAGACAACGAAGCGAGUGAUAAAGAUACCGGCGAGUAGAACAAAUAACAAGUUUGUGUUUCAAGAGGUCGAUUUGAUACAUAUAAUGUUCCCGUUCGAUAUCGACGGUAUUGACAGGAAGCCCAUUGAACCAAGAUUGAAUCCUUUAAACUCUCUCGCUGAUUUCAAGAAGAAAUCGUGGGCCGAUGACCUCAUUAUGCUUCUCAAACCAUGGAUCAAUGAGGAAAAUUUAAUUGGAAAUCUAAACAUGGCCGCUAAAUUAGGGUAUCACAGGAAAAUGUAUUCGGACUGCCUUAAAUACUCACUCGAUAACUUGAACCGAGGAUAUGAAAAUGACCAAUUCUACGUAACACACCAUGUAAAUUUAGAAGAUUCUAAUAAUGUCCGAACGAAGGAUGAGUCAAAAAUCGCGAUCACUAAUAUUAUGUCGAAACGUAUUAAAGAUAUAUCCAUGACGAUUUUGAACGAAGAACCGUAUCCGAUAAUGGAUCCCAGCGUCUUUCAAGCUAUUCCGUGUUGCUGCGACGAGUUAAAAUAUACAACGAAACAAAUCAUAUCUAAAUCCGUCACAAAUAUUACAGAUAUGAACUUAUCGGUGCAGGCCGCUCAAAUAAUAGACAAAUGCAUUAGUAUUUUCCCCAUCGACAGCAAACUUUGGGAAACCUCUUUCCGAUUCGCAAAAGAUUAUUAUUUGAACAAUGAUUUGGAUGUUAUCGAAUUGGAAGCGGUUUUGCGCAAAUAUAUGGAGACCAACGCAAAUACAAUGGCGGCGGCUAUAAUGUAUUCGAAUGAUUGCGCCCAAUAUAGUGAGAUAUUGUCUCCAAAAUUUUACCUAAAUAUGUGCAAUGAAAUUUUAGACACUUGGGGUUGAAGAUAAUUAAAAAUGCGACGGAAUUUUGGUAUCUCAUUGUGACAUAAGUUGUCCUUUGAUUAAAUUUGAGACGAGAUUUGAUUUCAAUCAUAUGUUUGGAAAUCGCUUAACAUCCGACGAAUCCAUGUGUAUCAAUGAUAUGGGUCGAAAAUUACAAUUAAAAAUAAAAAUAACAGCAAAAUUUAAGAACACGAUAUUUAAUGAUGACGUACUAAUCCAAAUAGAUAUCUAUUAAAGGUAUGAAUUUUUCAUAUUAAGAUAAGUAGCAUAUUUUACAAUUUUUAAUAGCUAUGUGUGUAAGUAUAUACUUUAUAAUGAUAAUUUUAUUAAUUCAAUAACUGUCACCUAAGCACAUUUUUAAUAGUUUUGUUAUUUAUUUUAAAUACUGUAUUAAGAUGUCACAUCACAUAACUUUUUACUAUUAACAAGUAUCAUUUUCUCCCAUAUCAAAGUGGAUUAUAUAUCAGAAUAAGAAUGCAUGCUCAACUUUAAAUAUCUUUAAAUCAGUUGAUAAGUUUGUUAUAGAAAAAAAUGUUAUUCUUAGACAUUAUGUUUUAAUAAGAUUAUUGUGUUAAAAUGUUGCCAUUUAAUAGUUAAUUUGUGUAGUUUUUAAUUAUUCAUUGGCCUAACUUUAUUUAGAUUAUAAUAGAUGAAUAGGUUAUUUUAUUAGUUAUAGACUGUUAAGUUUCGAUUGCAAAAGUUAAGUUAGAAAAAAAAAUCAAUCUAUUAUAUAGUAUUCCAAUAAUUUAUUGAGUGCAAUUUGUACUACGCUUU